CGCUCAUCGCACACGCCAAGGCAGACCGCUGCGUGUCCACGCCGUGGCCUGAGGGACAACAGCGAAUAUAUAGCACGACGCAGGCAGCCAUACACAUCUCCCCCGUGCAGAUAUCUAUCCAUCAUCACUGUAGAGUCGCCCAGGAACAAAGUCGACGAUGCUCCCAAGAAGACGUGAUAGCAAGGCUAUCCGUCCGUCUCCUCUGAAGAGGUUCAGCACCAGCAUGGUCAGCUUGCUCAAGAGCCAGCCAAGCGAUGCGGAAGCUUUCGUUUUUCCCGUAACCGAUACAAGGACGCCCGCCAGGAGUCCGGCGAGCUCCGUGAUUUCGUUCACUGACACCCUCGGCUCUUUGCCUUCUCUCGCCGAAGACAUCGAUUACAAUGCAAAACUGAUCAAAGAGCUUCGCUCAAAGCUCGAUGAGGCGGAAUCCACAAUUGUGGCGAGAGACCAGUCCGUGGCACUCCUGCAAGAGCGAGAGAGGACCUUGAACGCCACGGUGGAGGAGGUACAGGAGAACCUUCAGAAGCAAACCGCCGCGCUACAAACCUCUGAAGAGGCACGAGUGCUCACGGAGAAGAAAUGCGAGGACUUCGAGAAGCGCCUAGCUUCCACGCAGUCGGGACUCGAGAAGACCGAAAGUUUACUCGCGGACAUGGAGCGACAGCACGAGGAGAACCGAGUAGUGCUGGAGGCCAAGACCGCCGAAGCCGAUGCGCAACGCAGUGCUCACGAUGAAGCGGAGGAAAUGCUCCGAAGGACUCGGGCGAGGGCCCAGGCGUUGGAGGACAAACAGACACGUUUGCUCGAAGAUCUGCAGGCGAAGGUCGCGGAAGCGGCUGCGGAGCACACUGCUCGAGACAAGGCUGAAGAGCAGCUCCAAGCACUUCUCAUGGAGAAUGGGAGGCUUCAGUCUUCGCGCGCACGCUUAAACGAGCUAUUCGAGCAGCAGACCGCCCGUUUUGACGAGGAGUUCAAAGCUCGAGUCGACUUCGAAGAGAUGCUACAGUCGACGGAAGCGAGGAUGAGGGAGGUCGAAGAAGAGGCCUUGUACACUCUCGCGAAGCUCAAGACGAAGACUACCGAGGCUGAUGCGGAGCGCAGUGCGCGCAUCGUCUUGGAAGAGCAGGCCGCACUGCUCCACAGCGAGAAGCGACAGCUGGAUGAGUCGCAUUCGCAGAGGAUCGAGGAGCUCGAGGCGAAGGUCGACGAAGAGCAGUGUGCUCGGGUGAAGGCCGAAGACUCAUUGAACGCGCUUCUCGCAGCCAAGCAAGAGCUCGAGAGAGAGUACGAGUGGGUUUCGCUUGAGCUCGUACCGAAGGCAGCCGAGAUGGAGGCAGAGCGCAGCGCGCGCGCUAAACUCGAGGCAGAGCUCGAGGCGCUGCAGAGAGAGCUCGAAGAGAAUGACGCUGCCCAUUUGCGCAGCCGCUCAGAGAUCCAGGCUGAGGUCUCCACAGAGCGCAAUACACGCGUACAACUCGAGGCAGAACUUUAUGCGCUGCAAAGGGAAAUGGAAGAGAUUGAAGCAAACUAUUCGCACAGCCUCUCAGAGCUCCAGGCUGAAGUCUCCACAGAGCGUGAUGCGCAUGUCAAACUCGAGGCAGAGCUUGAGACGCUGCAGAAGGCGCGGGAAGACAUGGAAACCGCUCAUUCGCGCAGCCUUGCGGAGCUCCAGGUUGAGGUCGCCGCGGAGCAAAGCGUACGCACCAAACUGGAGGUGGAACUUCAGAUGCUGCAAGGGAAGCUGGAAGAAACGGAAGCCGCCUGUUCACAAAGCCACUCAGACCUCCAGGCUGAGUUCUCCGCAAGGCAUAGCAUGCAGGCCAAAUUUGAAGCAGACCUUCAGGAGCUAAAUAGGUUGUGGAAAGAGGAGGAAGCUGCGCAUUCACACAGAUACUCACAGCUCCAGGCUGAGGUCUCCGCCGAGCACGAAGCACGCACUCAGCUCGAACAAGAGCGCGAGCGUCUGUUGGAUGACAAGCAGAGGUUGGAAGCGGACGUCUCGGGCAUCAAGUCUGAGCUUGAGCACAAGGUUGCCUUGGCGACGACGGAGCAUGCAGCUCGUGCUUGUAUUGAGGAAGAGCUACAGACGCUUCGAGACGAGCAUCACAAGCUAAAUGCCUCGUUCUCCGGUAGUCGUGCGGAAAUUGAGGCCAAGGACGCUGAGAUUGACAGACAGCGGAGCGCUUUCGCCACGGCGAUAGAGGAACUCACAAGUCUUCGCUCGAGGUUGGAGGAAGUUGAGAGGCAACACUCGCAAAGCCAGGCGGAGAUCGUGAGCAAGGUCGCCGAGGCAGAUGCAGCACGCCAAUCUGUGUCAAAGCUAGAGGAUAUCUGUGGCACUCUGAGGAUGCAACUUCGACAACUGUUAUCAAAGCGCACGGAGAUGGCGGAAGAGCUCGCAGCGAGGGCCCUCGAGAACCAAAGCGUCAUUUCUCGCCUUGACGCAGCCUCGCACGACGCAGCCAAGCUUCGCAAUGAGAACGACGAGAAGUCUUUACGAAUCUGCGAACUCCAGGAUCAGCUCGAUCGCAUCACGCGAGAGCAAGCCAGCAUGGCGCGCAGGAGCGCAGAGAUUCGGAGCCUCGAGCAGCGUCUUGCAUACCAAACCGAGCUGGCCGAACGCUCCACUGCGGAGCUCAAGAAGAAGGCAGUGCUCCUGGAAAACGAAUUGCUGUUCGCAAGGGAGACCCGUCAGGAGCUGGUUGCUCAACGACGCAGGACCCGCGUCUGGGAAGAACGAGCUUCAAGAUUCGAACAGAUGCUGAGAGAUGUAGGUUCAGCUCUGUCUGCUGCACAGACAGAGAUUGACGUCUUGAAAGGGGAAUUGAAGCGCGCUCGGAGACGAAGGCCAGAAGGAAUGGUGGGCUUUUGAGAAUGGGGGGUCCUCUUUAAUGAUUGCAUCGAAGAAACGAAAAUUGAAGCUUACGUGACUUUUAUCCUGUGUACAAGUAGUCGUGUG